ACACGAGGAAAGAGAGAAAGUAACGUCAGCAAAGCUAACUGGCUAAGCACUGAUGGUAUGAUUUUAUCUUGCCUCUGGCACAGUUCUUGCUCUCUCUUCACCGGUGCUUCAAUAAUCAACUGCUCAAAUGAAACUUUAAUAACUGUAUGCUACUGUGCCUGCAAGAUGGCCCUCGUCCCCUAAGCAAAUAUAAGAGCAAGUAGACGCUCCCAGCUAUUAUACCGGCCCAUAGAACAGAGAAAGACGAUGAUAAAGCCUCGGCUACUGUACCGAUCGCACUCUACGAACCGGACGUUCUUGUUUCAGGAGAAAACUCUAGGCCAUGGCACAGACGCCCUGUCCCUGCCAAUAUGGUCCGAGAGGUCCGUGUCGAGGCAACUUCGGACCCAAAAGGUGAGGGCCAAGCAUCUGGUCUUCAUCCCUCGUAAUGCUCAGGUGAGCUCUCCUGCAGUAACUGAGACCACUGAGUGUGACGAGAGCUUCCAGGUCAAGGCCAUCGUAAGGGUGAAACUGGCUAAGGCUGGCUUCUUCUCCAGCUUGAGUUUAGACAGACGAAUCGAUGACAUCACCGACUUGCUGGGAAAAUCUCUCCUCCUGGAACUUGUUAGCUCCCAAAUUGAUUCUGAGACGGGAGAGGAGAAAGAGACGAGGCAGGCAUACGCACACAAAGGAGGGCGGGGAGAAGAGGAAUCGGUGGAAUACGUGGCAGAUUUUCAAGUUCCAAAAGAGUUUGGAGAGAUCGGUGCCGUUCUGGUGGAGAAUGAGCAUCAUCAAGAGAUGUUUCUCGACGCUAUAGUCCUCCACGGCUUCCCUCAAGGCCCUGUUCAUAUUCACUGUGCUUCUUGGCUUCACUCCAAGUUUGACAAUCCUACCAAAAGAGUCUUCUUCACCAACAAGAGCUACAUACCGUCGAAGACGCCGGAUGGAUUAAGGAGGUACAGAGAAGAAGAACUGAGGAAUUUGAGAGGAAAUGGAAAAGGAGAGAGGAAGAGCUUCGAGAGAAUAUACGAUUUCGACGUUUACAAUGACAUCGGAGAUCCAGACAAGAGGCUUGAUCUCCAGAGACCUCCUCUGGGUGGUCGCGACCGUCCUUAUCCCCGACGCUGUAGAACCGGCCGUCCUCCUUCCGCCGCAGAUCCAUCAAGCGAGAGGAGAGCGAAAAGAUUUUACGUUCCGAGGGACGAAUGCUUCUCGGAGGUGAAGCAGCUGACAUUCUCAACCAAGACCUUACACUCCGUGUUGCUAAUCUUGCUUCCAACUCUGGGGAGAAUAAUCAAGGACAAGGACAUGCCAUUUUCAUACUUCCAUGAUAUUGACUCCCUUUUUAGCACUGGAUUGGACUUGCCUCAUUCGGAAAAUCUCGAGAAAGAAGAUGGUUUUCUUUCUGCCAUUAUGCCCAGGCUUGUCAGGCCCGCCAUGGAUGAUUUAGACUACUCUACCUCUGCUCCUCCAGGCAGCGUUCUUCGCUUCGAGACUCCUGAGGCUAUGAACAGGGAUCGAUUUUUCUGGUUCAGGGACGAGGAAUUUGCUAGACAGACUAUCGCUGGUCUGAACCCAAAUUGCAUAAGACUAGUGACGGAAUGGCCAUUGAGAAGUAAACUCGAUCCAAAUAUCUACGGUCCCGCAGAAUCAGCAAUUACCUCGGACAUAAUUAACAAAGAAAUUGGAGGACUGCUCACUGUACAGCAGGCUGUAGAACAAAAGAAGCUGUUCAUUCUAGACUACCAUGAUCUAUUGUUGCCGUAUGUCAGCAAAGUACGAAAACUGAAAGGGACGACACUAUAUGGAUCGCGAACAUUAUUCUUCCUAACUCCAGCAGGGACACUGAGACCUCUAGCAAUUGAGCUGAUCAGACCGCCCAUGGAUGGAAAGGACCAAUGGAAGCAAGUUUUUACACCUGACUGGCACUCCACCAGCGUUUGGCUCUGGAGGCUUGCCAAAGCCCAUGUUCUUGCUCACGACUCUGCUUAUCAUCAGCUUGUCAGCCACUGGUUAAGAACUCACUGCGCGACAGAGCCUUACGUCAUAUCGACCAACCGGCAAUUGAGCGAGAUGCACCCAAUAUAUAGACUGCUUCAUCCUCAUUUUCGGUACACUCUGGAGAUAAACGCUCUGGCUCGCGAGGCUCUUAUUAAUGCGGAUGGCACCAUUGAAAGCUCCUUCUCUCCUGGAAAAUACUCCAUGGAGCUCAGCUCUGCCGCCUAUGAUCUUCAGUGGCGUUUUGACAUGGAGUCUCUGCCUGCAGACCUCAUGAGAAGGGGAAUGGCCGUGGAAGAUCCAUUUCAACCCCAUGGGCUAAGGCUGACAAUUCAAGACUACCCAUUUGCCAAUGAUGGACUUCUUCUGUGGGACGCUAUCAAGGAAUGGGUCAGUGAUUACGUGAACCAUUAUUACCCAGAUCCAGGUCUCGUGGCGACGGAUCAAGAACUUCAAGCAUGGUGGACAGAGAUUCGGACAGUAGGCCAUGCAGACAAAAAGGACGAACCGUGGUGGCCGCGACUUCGAACCCAAAAAGACCUCAUUGAAAUCCUGAGCACAAUCAUAUGGGUAACUUCGGGCCAUCAUGCUGCCGUGAACUUUGGGCAAUACGCCUAUGCGGGUUAUUUCCCAAAUCGACCGACUAUGGCAAGAACUAAAAUGCCCACGGAGGACCCUUCACCAGAAGAAUGGGAAAAGUUCUUGAGAAAGCCCGAAAGAGCUCUCCUAAAGUGCUUCCCUUCGCGGCUUCAAGCGACGAGGGUUAUGGCAGUGCUGGAUAUACUGUCAACACAUUCGCCUGAUGAGGAAUACAUAGGGGAGAAGAUGGAGCCAUCAUGGGGCGAAGAUCCGGUGAUAAAGGCUGCGUUUGAACGAUUCAGAGAGAGACUGAAGAAGUUUGAAGGAAUUAUUGACGAGAGGAACCGGAACGGUAAGUUGAAGAACAGGAAUGGAGCUGGCAUUGUUCCGUACGAGCUGCUCAAGCCUUUCUCCAAGCCAGGGGUUACUGGCAUGGGCGUUCCUUGUAGCAUCUCUAUCUGAUUUGGAAAACGCUAUGCCAGCAGUACUGCACCCUUGCGCCCACUUUAUUGUCCAUCCCUUGAUUUCCACUAGCUAGAUCACGACGCUCAUUAAACAAGGGGGAAAAAACAAAAGGAACUGCUAAUAUUUCUUGAACUUGGGGAGCUUUGGGUGAUUAGGAAUCUUUAAUUUUGGCGGCUGUUCUUCAAUCCACGAAGUCAAGACCAAAACCAGAAUCCCGUUGAAAACUGUCCAACGGGGUCCAUCACCUUCCCUGCAUAUGAUAAAUAAGCAACCAAAGUAAGACAAAUUAAACCA